CAAAAGACGUAAAGGAUAUAGGACAAAUAUCAGUCAAUACAAAACAUUUCAAAUAAUAUGGAUGGUAGGCCUACAAGGUGUAUAUUAGGUUAUGGUUCGCUGAAAGAACAAUGGCCUAAAGGUUAUAUGAAUAUUAGAUUUAAUAUUGAAAUGAAAUGAAAUGGGGUUUAACGUUCUUCUGUUCGGCUCUACAGUUUAAUAGUAAUCAUUGACAAUGGAAUAGACAGACUAGGAUUUGGAUUAACUAAAAUUAUUGAUGGUACUUUUUUUUUAAAAUUCCGGCAAAUAUAACCUAUACAUAUAUAUUGGGAUUUUAUUAGAAGAUUAACUCAUUUUUUAUUUACAGAAGUAUCUCAUAAUGUACGACAAUUACCGAGACUUGUUAGAAAUUGCAUAUAAUAGAUACAUUGUGAUGAUUGCCCCGUGGUAUUAUCUGGGUAGCCUACCAACAAACGGCUCAUUCAAAUGAUUCACAGUUGAAUAAGUUUGUACAGUCAAGGUGAUCUGAAUACUAGUAGAAUGUAUGCGCUCGAUACAGGUAGUCUGUAUAUAUCAACGUCGCACUGAAUGUUUAAAGGAUUUCUUUCACACAAACCAAGGAUAUGAAUUCGUUUUAAUUAAUUCCAAUUAACCUUUCUGGAUGUCACCUACACUGAAAUUAAAAAAAAACAACCAACAAGAUAAAACAGAUGUUUAUUUUUAAGCAGCGGAUACCUUAGAGGUGGAUUUAUUAACUUUAUUAAAAACUUCGUAAAAUCGUCCCCAGAUAUAAUUGUAUUAUUUGAAACUGAUUAUUAUUCCUACACAAUAUGGAUCGUUAUGUGCGAGUUCUGUUUGUAGCGUAUUUGAUUACACUGGCAUGGGUUUUAUAUCUGAACAGUUUGCCCCAAACCAUUCAUAUUUACCAUAACAACGAUGGAUUAAAUAUUAUCGGAAUUGAUAAUAAAGCUCCUAGGAUUAAGGCUAUAAAUCCGGAAAAAGAGUCAAACGUGGACAAUUUUGAAAAUUCCUUAGAUGAAGUUAUAUUACAAAAGCAAUCACAAGUUUCUAAAAGUGAAAAAGUGAGAAUAAACAACACAGACAAAAUCGAAAGGAACGGACUUGAUAAUGAAAUGGUGGCAAUGAUGCACCCGGGGACACCAGAAAGUGAAAUAACAAACUCUAAUUAUUCUUCUCAUAAGGCAUAUGAUGACGUUUUAUUCAAUGCGACUCUGUUAGAGUUAUAUCAUAAAAACUCAAUGAAAUACCGAAAAAGUGGAAUUUGCUCGGGACUUUUAAUGAAUAAUUCGCGAUCCCUCGCACAGGCCAGAAAAUUCUCUGCAAGUUUUGAUCGUGAUUUUCAUCUGGAUUUAAAAGUGUUUCCAACUAUAACAAAGAAUUGUGACCAAUAUAAAUCGAAACGGGGCUUUAUCGAAAAGCCUUCUUCAAAAGAGGAAUUGGAAUUUCCUCUGGCUUUUUCAAUUUUGACCUACGAUAAUAUCGAGCAGCUUGAACGAAUGGUUCGUUUAUUGUACACGCCACAAAAUGUCUACUGCAUACACGUGGAUGACAAAUCAAGUGAAGAUUUUAAAAAUGCCGUAAGGUCGAUCACAAAAUGUUUUUCAAAUGUGUUCGUGGCGUCAAAAUUAGAAACGAUAGUAUAUGCCUCAAUUAAAAGACUGCAAGCAGAUGUAAACUGCAUGACGGAUCUGUUACAACGAAAAGAAAAAUGGCGUUACUUGCUGAAUUUCGCGGCUUCCGAGAUGCCGUUGAAAUCUAACAUUGAGAUGGUCCAAACACUGAAAUUAUUUCAUGGUGCUAAUGAUAUCCACGAAGUUUUCGCAAAACGAGUGAAACAUCGAUAUCUCUAUAAAUACAUCAUUGUAAAUAACCACAUACAGAGAGGACGAGAAUUUCUUGCCCCGCCGCCAUUUAAUCUGACAAUCGUAAAAGGACAAGCGUAUAAUAUAUUCAGUCGAGAAUUCGUGGAGUUUUCUAUGAACAAUAAAAUAGCCAGACGAUUUUUAAAAUGGUGUGGAGAUACCUACAGUCCUGAUGAACAUUACUGGGCCAGUCUCAAUGAUCUGUAUCAUAACCCCUUCUUAAAUACUCCAGGAGGAUAUAAAGGUAACCCUGAUAAGAAGAUGUACGUCACACGCCAUAUUAACUGGCGCCAGUCAUUUGAUCGUUGCUAUGGAGAAUACGUCAGAGGUAUCUGUGUUUUCGGCUACGGUGAUUUGCCUUUACUGAAACGCAAGGGUCAUUUUGGAACAAACAAAUUCGAUUUACGAAAAGAUCCCAUAGCCUAUUCUUGUAUGGAGGAAUUGUUAAGUUACAGAACACAGAAUCCGACACCCCCUGAUCCCAAACACUGGACAAAUUUAAAUUUUAUUAAAGACAGCAACACCUGAUAACUAUCACGAUGAGCACACCGCGGAUUCUUCUGGACUGCAGAAAUCUAAUUGGUAUACAGCAUAGUAUAUAACAAUUUUCACUUGCUUAUAAACUGGUUACGGUUGGGGUGACCGGAAGCAGUAGCUUUAUAUUCAGACCAAUGUAGAGGCCUUUUGUGGAAAGGUCUUCCGUUGAAACAUAACUUAUAUUGUGUUGUGUUCAGACCAAAACCCUUCUGGACUGUAGAAUAUAAUUGGGAUACAGCAUAAUAUAUAACAAUUUUCACUUGCUAAUAAACUGGGGUAACCGGGAGUAGUUGUUAUAAAAUCAAUCAAAGGUAGAGGUCAUUUGUGGAAAGGAAUUCCGUUGAAACAGUCCUUAUUGUGUCGUGUUCAGACCAACACCCUUCUGGACUGCAGAAUCUAAUUGGCUUACGGCAUUAUAUAUCAUAAUUUUCACUUGCUUAUAAACUGGUUGGUAACCGGAAGUAGUUGCUAUAAAAUCAAUCCAAGGCAGAGGCAAUUUGUGGAAAAGUAUUCCGUUGAGACAGAACUUAUUGUGUCAUGCUCAGAUCACCCUCCCCCCUUUUCUGCAGUAUGAAUACGAAGGAAGGGAUAAUUUGCUCGAAGGGUGGUGUUCCGCCUAUUCGACAAACUGCCAAGGGGUACUUUUUAGCACUGCCAAUUUGUAGUCGGGACCACGGCGUUAAACACAGCCUUUAAACUAGACUCUUGAAGGUGUCUACUAUUUCAUACAAACCAACCAACUGCGUGGGUGAUUACUUGAAUAUACAUAGAUAUGUAAUCACGAAGGGUCAUAGGAACAACAUGUACACAUAUAGGUUAACAGAUUGAACUAUAAACACAAACGCUAGUGUAGCAAUUUAAUACAAAAAACGGGUCUACGACGAUUGCGGGCGUAACAAUUGUCGGCAUGACAACUGCUUUCGGACAUCUGCCGGCGAUGAAACCUAUCGGCAGUGUCAUGUUAUAUGUGCUUUUUAGUAUAGUUUACUAAAUUAAUGAAUUAUUGCACACAAGUUAUUCGCAGAUAUAUCUACAACGGAAAGUUCACUUUUAUGUUCAUCUUUCAAGAGUGUUUAUCAAUUGAAAACAGCUAUACAUAAUUAUAAAAUAAACAUUCCAUAUCUGAGCACAAUUGAAUAAAGAAUUGUUAAGGUUAAAUGAGCAGUCAACUCGCCAAAAAUGUCAGUGCAAUGGAGUACUUUACAACAUCUUACCACCGAGUGUUCUACACCCGUUAAUGAAUCUUUAAAGAUACAUUAUGGGAGAUCAGAUAAAUGGCUGGCAGUUCCCACUAUAAUAGUUAAAAACUAGAUAAUGUAAAGGCAAUUUGCUGAAAAUGUCAGUCAAAUUGAUCCACUCUGAACCGAGAUUUUAGCGAUUGAAUUUUCGGCCUUACCUCGAUCAUCAUUACUAAAGUCGGUACGAUAAAAAAAACAUAGUCAUGAUUAUCUAUUUCAUGAUUAAAUUAUGAAUGGAAGUCUAACAGCAAAUCGGAACCUAAUCCAAUAAACAUCACAGGCUAGCGAUGACAUCGAGAGUUGAUUAUGCUCUGGAUAAAGUUAAUUAAUGUCUAAUUAAUAAUUUCUGUUUAACUAAUGUCUGGGAAUUUGAGAAACGCAGACAUAGUAAAAGCAAAACCAGAAUAUUGCUCAUAAUAUUCACCUGUGAUAUAUGUGAUAACCUUGUGUAAGUGCUAUUAUAGACGAUGUGUGAAGUAAAAUAAAACUAAAUAUAUAUAUAUAUAUAUAUAUAUAUAUAUAUAUAUAUAUAUAUAUCUAGUGCUAUGUAAUUCUAAUCUUUAAGUGGCAUUUAGCGAUUGGGAAACACAUUAAUAGAACACAAUUUUUAUGGGUAGCAAUCAUUUGUUUUGUUCUGUUAAUCUAUCUAAUUUUGUAUUACUUAAAAAAAACUAACCUUUUGCUGUACAUAAAUGAUAUUCUAAU